AUGGGCGACUCGUGCAGAGAUCGACCACAUACUCAUCAACCGGAGGUGCCACACUAUGGAAAAGAACAUCUACUAUCGGCAACGAAGAAGAAAAGAAGUUGUAUAUACGACAAUUGCGUACUCGAGGACUCCUUGCCCCAAGGUGACUGGCACAUCGAGGAGGACCCAAAAGUGGACUUUGAGAUACUGCUCAGAGAAUUACGAGCCUGUGCUGAGCGUGCCUCGAAGCCGCGCACGGCAAGCUUGGAUCGAAUUUCGGAGACCACCAAGGAAUUGUUGGAAAGAAAAAUGGCUUUGAGGCUUGAUCCGAAUGUAUCGCAAAUUGAUCGGUUAUUAGCCAGUACUAGCUGCAGAAAAGCGUUGCAGGGAGAUCUUUUGAAAUGCAGGCAGAAGAAGAUUCUGGAAGCAGCACAAAGAAGAACGAGUCUAACGAAGUGCCGCAGGAAUCUCCGCGAAUAUAAUAUUCCGCUAGCAGCCUUGCUGAGCGAAGACGGGACUCGCACGUCUUCUCGUCGUGAGAUGGAAAUCAUUGCAGAUAGGUUCUACUCGAACCUUUUCCCUUCAUCAACUCCUGUAUCAAGCCCGAUCAUCCCCACUGGUGAAGCUCCACCACAGAUUCUCCAUUCGGAAGUACGAGUCGCUAUCAAGAGCAUGAAACCUCGCACAUGGAAUCCUACCUUCGGAAAGAGGGAUUCCAGACAAGUGGAAGACCUGGUGAACCGUUCUCGUCCAUAA